AUGGCGACUCCCGGGCUUCGGAAGGUUGCUGAACUUGAUGCCAUUCAGGUUGAUGAUUUUGCCGACGAGUCGGAACGAUACGCUGCGAAAGAGGCUGCACUUCGGCUUCUCAGGCGCGUUGAAACGCCGAUUGAGCAGGUCUGGUCCCUCACCUUGGAUGCACCCGGGGUCAUCGCCUCUCUAGAAGUUUGUUUGAACUUGGGAAUUUGGACAAAAUGGCGAGAGUCAAUCGAUGGAACCAAGGAUUCGGCCCGGAGCAUCGAUGAUAUCGUCAGAAUGUGCACCGAGAGCGUUGAACCAAAUCUACUCCGUCGACUCUUGCGCGCCAUUGCUUCUUCGAGACUGUUAGAGGAGGUAGGCGUGGAUACUUGGAAGCCGACACCGCUCACAGUGGCACUUGGCAACAAAGACACUCAUCUUGGUGGAAUGGUCGAAUGGGGGUCACACUUUAGCCUCGUCGCAGGUGCCAACCUGCCCGGGUUCCUAAAGAGACACGGAUAUCAAGAUCCACGUGAUGCCGAUAAAUUCGACAACAAUACCGAUCUCUUUGGCAAAAACUUUUUUAGCCUUUGCAGCUCUGAUCCCAUCAAGAAUCGAGUCUUCAUGGAGAUGAUGACUUCAUGGCAAGUGCAAAAGGUGGACUGGACACAAGUCUACGAUACCAAAAGGAUUGUUGACGGCGCCAACCUUUCUCAACCCCUUUUCGUGGACGUGGGCGGGAUGCAUGGUAUCGACGCCGCCAGGCUGCUGGCUCGUCAUCCCGAUCUUCCAGAACACACACUCUUUCUACAAGAUUUACCACAUGUCGUUGCGUCAGAAGCACACCCGAUAGACAAGCGCAUUACAAAGGUGGCACACGACUUCUUCGAGCCGCAGCCGAUAGUGGACGCCAGAGCGUACUUUCUUCACGCCGUGUCGCAUGACUGGUCAGACACUGACUGUCUGCGAAUCUUCAAGAACAUUACACCCGCGAUGAAGAGGGGAUACUCCAAGUUGUUGAUAUACGAGGUUGUCCUGCCUCCAACGGGGGCCAAUUCGAUUCAAAGUGGCCUGGAUCUGACCCUCAUGAUUGUACUUUCCAGUUUUGAGCGUACAGAGCAAGAUUGGUACGGGCUACUAGAAAAGGCUGGUUUGCGAAUUGUGAGUAUUUCUCGACGGCCCGGUGCGGUUGAGAGCGUCAUUGAGGCAGAGUUGGCUUGA